AUGCCUUCUGAACGCAAUAGCAGUGCGAGGCCAACGUCGACAAACUCACCCGCCCAACCCGCCAACGUUACGGCCUCAGCUAUAGUUCCCCAUGUGUCCACCAUCUCGCCCUUGCCUGAGGUCAUCGUAUUGUAUGGAGGAAGAAAGCGCACAUAUGCUCAAGACGUUCUCAUUGUUCUCAAAUUCGAGCAACUUAUCGAUCUCCUGCAGGAGGACUUUGGCGUUUACGAUCCUCAGCCGACUAGAUUGCCUCGCCGUCAGGUGUUCCACCUUACGCAGAGAGACCACGCGGUCCCACUGAUGGUGGACGCUAACAGCUGGACCGAGCUGAGCAAGAAUGUCGCGAUGAUUGAAAUCGAGAAGCCAAAGGCAAAGCAUACUUUACUCUAUAUCUUGCUUGCUAUUUGUCUCUUCCUGCUUUUCUAUCUCUUCUUUACUGAGCCGGGUAAACCAGCGGAACAUUUAUGGGGUGGAUAUCGCUUUUAG